AUUCAUUGAUGCUUUAUUAUUAUUACAUCAUCACAGAAGUGGAUGUAAAUGUAAUUCGUCUUCAUCGUCUAAAGAAGAUAGUCCUCGCAGCCGCAUUACUACAUCUACUUUUGAAAACAUUAUUCUUGAUGUAUUGGUUGUUCUAUGUUCUAUUUGAUGCUUGGUAA